CAUGUUUCCUUACAGAUUGUCAAAAUCAAAGUGAGAAGUCAUCUGUUCUAAAUCAAACGGGUGUAAUUUAGAAUGGACUCGAGUUCCGAUCACAUCGAUUGUGAAUGCAGUUUAUUGAAGAAUAGUUCCGAUGAAAGCGACUUCCAAUGUUCAAUUGGAAAAAAGUUCUUGCUGAGCAAAUCUUUGCAAAUGGAUUUAAAAGAAAGAUAUCCCAAUGUGUUAGAGUUAAUCAAGACCCUUCGUAAAUAUAUUGAACAGCAGCAAAAGAAGAUUAGUAAAUUAAAAGUGAAAUUAUGUAAAAAAGUAGAAACAAGAAAUGUGGCUAUUCAAACGAAUCUUGAUCAAGACCACCAAAAUGCUGAAAAGUCUGUUUCUGAAGAAAUUACGGAAGCUGCCGAAAUGGCAAUGCAAAGUACUGGAUUUGUAUACGAAGAAACUUCUGGUUUGUACUACGACUACAAUUCUGGAUAUUAUUAUAAUGCGGAACUCGGCUUAUAUUACGAUGGAAAUUCGGGGACAUAUAUGACGUACAAUACUGAAACUGAAACCUACGAGUAUCAUUCUCAGGUACCGAUUGCUACAAAAAAGUGGGAUGAAGUAGUGAAUAAACCUAUAAGGAGCAAAAGAAAGAAGAAAACUAAAAAAAAAGUAAUCACCUCUUGCGAUUUGGAUGAUCUAACUCUUUCAUUCAAUCAUAUGAAUAUAUACCCUCUUCGUAAACUAGCUCUUGACAUAUCAAACGCAUGGCCUCCGUGUAUACGAAUUGUGGUGAAAAGUACAGACGUUGCCAAACUAACAGCCGGAACUUUAUACAUUAUAACUUACCAAGGUGGUACGCUGGGCAGAGAAGGGGAUCACGCAGUCCUCAUCCCAGACAUUAGUAUCAGCAAGCAUCAUUUGAAAUUCACCUUUGAUAAUGACCUAAAUACGUACACAGUCACUGAUUUGGGCUCCAGAAACGGCACAUUAUUAAACGGAAAGAGAAUGUCUGCCUGCAAACAAGAAAGCGAACCAGUACCUUUAAAGCAUGGAAACGAAAUUCAGAUUGGCUCAACGGUUUUACUUUGCCACAUACAUAGCAGUAACGAAACGUGUAAUCAGUGCGAACCCGGGUUGCUCCAGUCUAAAACUGAUGAGAAGGAAAAAAUUGUAUCAUCGUCUAAAAGUGAGCAGCACAAGAGCGAGCUUCGAAAGUUACGCAAGAAGUUUGCUGUUAAUUGGUCCGAAUCAAAUAAUUGUAAUUUGGCGUCCGGGUACACAGAUAGGGCUCAAGUAAGACGUGACACGAUUGGAAGUCACAAUGAACACGAAAAAACCCAAGUGGCUUCCAUUGACGAGUAAGUUUUUUGUUUACUUUUUGAGCACAAGUAAGAUCAUGAAGUGCACUUGCGCAUAUCAACUUUUAUAGGAUGUUCAGGAUGUUACAAUGAAUUGUCUAUUUACGACCUCAGGGGUCUAAUUUGGGUCCCCUGUUAUUUUUAAUUUUUAUUAAUGAUUUGCCUGAAAAAAAUCACUAAUUGCAGUAGUAUACUCACUGCACAUUCUGUUACGUUCACUUUGAGCAAACAUAACAAAAAUGCAGGUAGUAAGCUUAGGUAAAAUAGAGGUGGAUUGAGGUGAAUAAUGGGGUUCUUGUAUACUAACCAAAAUGAAGCAAAAAGGAAAUUUAGUAAUAGUAAACCGGAUAGGCGCCAAUUAGUCUUUAGUAAAUUUCAAAAAAGAGAAGGGAAUACUUACCGAAAGGGGGAACAAGACAGACUAAAAGAUCCUUGUUUUGGUCUUGAAAUAAAAUAAUUGACAGGGUAGAACAUAUAAUUGUUACAAUCAAGUGUAAUUUAUUAUUACAAAUAGGAAACUAAUUUCUAGAUCUGAAAUGUCAAUGUUUAAAUUUAAUUUAAUUUAGUCAGGGAAAUUAUUCAAAUCAAAACAGGCUUCCGCAUAAAACAAUGUACGUAGCUAUGAUUAUUAAAUUACUAUUAAACAAAUGUAGUAAUUACAAUUCGAUUGAAUCAAAAACUAGUAUGUAAUCAAACGUUACAUAAAGGAGUCAUUGAAAAUAAUUACCUUUGAACUCUGGUUAUAACGGUCUUUUGAGCUCAGAAGGGCGCUUUUCUGCCUUAUCUGUAACAGAUAACAACAUAUCCAAACAAACAAGAGACAUAGUGAAUGCCGCGGCACAUAACUAUUGCGUUGCCAAUGUCUAACGUCUGAGACUAGGGUAAAUCGUCCACUAAAAGCGUAAUUAAUACUUAAUAAGAAUCAAUAAUUCUAUUUACAUGCAACUACAAAAGCAAAAUUUUGACCGACAGCGAAUCGUCCGUACAAAUCGCUAAAAUAACAGUAUAAACGUGACGUUAAUUACGAAGAUACGAAGAAUCGCAUACGAUUUUCAGUAGGGGCAUUUUUUGUCACUCCGCUCGUAUUCGUAAACCAGACUUUUGAUCCGGCUCAUAUUCAAUAGCACUGAUCCUUGAACUCUUAGAAAUCGAUUGGCGAAGGUUUGGCACAUCGCUGUCUCCUUUCGUUCUCAAGUUAGAUGAGGAACAGACAGACGGACAAAUCCAU